AUGGAGAAAUUCGACUGUGUUGUCGUGGGUGCUGGCUUAUACGGUCUUGCCGCGGCUAAACAGUUUCGCGCCUUGAACCAAGAUAGCUCUCUGGUCAUCUUUGAAGGCGAGUCAAGUAUUGGCGGCACCUGGGCCCAGCACCGCAUAUACCCAGGCCUCAAGAGCAACAAUCUGCUUGGAACAUACGAAUACCCUGAUUUUCCCAUGAUUGCAGAGAAGUUUGGCGUGAAGGAAAAUGAGCAUCUGCCAGGAAGCAAGAUACAUGCCUAUCUUCAAGCAUAUGCUGAGCAUUUUGGCAUCAGUCAUCUGAUUCGGUUCAAUUCGAAAGUUACCGUCGCGGAACACAUGGAUGAGGAUCAAGGCGGAUGGCAGUUGACUAUCAGAAAUGUGAGGACCAAUCAAGAAGUCAAUGUAUUGACUCGAGGCCUCAUUGUGGCAACCGGCAUCACUUCCGAAGCUUUCCGUCCUCAAUUUGCUGGACAGGAAACAUUCCGGGGGAAGGUGUUUCAUGGAAAAGAUUUCCCCCAACAUAAAGCCACACUUGAAGAAGGACAGACUGUGACCGUAUUUGGAGCUACGAAGUUCGCCUGGGAUGCUGUAUAUGCUUAUGCAACAGCUGGAGUAAACGUGCAUUGGGUUGUGCGUGCAUCAGGACACGGUCCUUGCUGGAUGACGCCUCCGUAUGUCACCCCCUUCAAGAAGUGGAUCGAAGAGAUCGCCAAUACUCGUGCUCUAACUUGGUUCAGCCCAUGCGUUUGGGGACACGCAGAUGGUUAUCCAAGGAUUCGGAAUUUCCUUCACGGCACUGCCCCAGGCCGACUGCUCGUCGAUCUGUUCUGGAAAUUCAUGGAGAACGACGUUUUGUCACUCAACAACUAUGACUCGCACCCUGAUACGGCAAAGUUGAAGCCUUGGACGAGGGCGUUCUUUACAGGUCCCAGCUUCAGUAUUGACAACUACGAUAAUAGUGUUUGGGAUGUGAUCAAGAGCGAUCUAGUCAAAGUCUACGUUGGAGAACUUGAUCAUUUGAGUGACGACAAAGUUUAUCUGGCUGAUGGGACAGAAUUAAAAUGUGAUGCCCUUCUUGCUCAUACAGGGUGGAAGCAUGUACCCUGCUUAAAGUUUCUCCCUGAGGGCAUUGAGGCGGAGAUAGGACUGCCUCAUGCAAUCCCACAGCAGUCAGAGGAUGUGGAUGUAAGUGCUCGAGAGUCACUACUCCAAGUGGCAGAUGAAGAGAUCCUGUCCCGAUUCCCAAAGCUUAGAAAGCAGCCUGUAUGGAACGCAAACUACGUUCCUAUGACGGAGCAGAAAGGGAUCAAAAGUAACGAUGAGGUCUCACCUUAUAAGCCGCUUAGCUCGUAUAUGUUGCAUCGCUUCAUGGUGCCUCCCUCCGAGCGGCUGCUGAGACAUAGAGACAUCGCAUUUGCCGGUGUUAUCGGAAAUUUUAGCAACCCCAUUACGGCUCAUUUACAAGGCUUGUGGAUUAAUGCCUAUCUCAAAGGCCAGCUUGACAAUGACCCGACGGCUGCGGUGGGAGAUAGCGAGGCUAUGGCGAAGCUGCAUUAUGAGACAGUGUUACACAACAGGUUUGGCAAAUGGCGUUAUCCUACGGAUUGGGGCACCAACAAGACUCCGGGCUUCAUCUUUGAUGCCGUUCCGUAUUUUGAUCUACUCCAACAGGAUCUCGGCCUCUCACCACAUCGAAAAGGGGGGUUCUGGACCGAGAUGUGGAGUCCCUACGGUCCAAGGGACUAUAGUUCUGUCAACGAAGAGUGGGAGAAGAAGCAUAAAUAA